UCAGUUUCUGCACAUUCGUGCUUCGAAACGGACGCGCGCGUUUCUUUCUCUCUGCGAUUUGCUCCGAGUUUGCGAGUUUAAUUUUUCGUGAAAUCGUCGUGAAUUUUGCUUGAUGCACGAAGAACCGGUGACGAGUUCGGUGGUUCUCCACUAGUGGCGCUAGUGUGCAGGGUGAUCUUUUGAUGCGGUUGAAUCAAUGAGGCUGAGAAAGAGAAGAAAAAGUGCAUUCGGAAAGUGUACUUUCACUGUUUGUGCUGCCGGUGCCGCGGUGAAAUCGGCAUCAACUAGCUCGUAGUGAGUGAAUGUGAGCGAAUUCUUUGGAGGAAAAAAAUCUGUAAAUAUGUGAAGAUCGUGAAGCGGUGCAAAAAGUGAAGAAGAAAAAGUUCAUCUGUCAGUUAAGCUUGUGGUCGGGAGACAUCAACGCGUGGCCAAGCGUCGAACACGCCCGGGAAGAGAAAAGUUCGCCAAACAACAAAUCACGCGAGGAACAUGAGCUUUUGGUGCUCCAAUUGGCCAAGUAUCGUCGUCAUUGUUCUAGCUCUGUUUACCGUCGAAAAAUGCCAGUCUGUAGCUACGGAUGAGUUUGCAGGGCUGUCGGAGAGAGAAGUAGUGGAUGCACUAGUCAGAAAGUGGGCCCCGCUGGUUUGGUUGGCGCCGAACGAAAAAUACCUGCCAGGAUCGGUAACGACCUUCCUGGAGCACGUCCACGCCGAGAAGGCCAAGAUCGUAACGGUCUACCCGGGCAGUGAGCUGCAGGACGUGAGCGAACUGCACCACUACUCGCCCUAUUACUAUGACAACGAGAACGAGCUGACCUACUAUGAUCCGACGGUGCGUCAGGCGCGCAACCGCAACAAGCGCAACUUCCGCGAUCCGGCCACGUCGCUGGAUCUGCUGUUUGACCUGCCGAUUGGCAACGAGUCCAAGAACUGGUACCUGGUCACGAACAACGACAUCGACGAGCUGAUAGCGGACAAGAGUUCCUUCAUUCACGGACAGAAUCCGCAAACUGAAAAUGUGCCAAUUUAUGCCGUCGUCAGCAUGUGCCGUACCGGGGCUGGCGUGGAUGUCCGGCCCGGGGGAUCUCCGCCGAUGGCCGUCGUUGCUGCGGCGGCGGCAGCAGCCGGUAUUGGGGCUGCUGGAGUAGCCCCACCGGUGGUAACCGUCCAACCGGUGCCACUUUCGUCCACUGUGCCACUGCAGCAGCCGUCGACGACCACGUUUCCAACGCCGGUGUCGGUCGGAAUGCACCACUUUAGUAGCCAUCAGGAGAAUGAGGUCGUGUACAACACCAUCGACCGGAUGGGCGGCUACAAGCGCCCCUCGUACGUUCCCGUCCACAAGAACCUGUUCGAGUUGCAGCCCGAGCUGAGACAGGACAUCACCAAGGUCGAAAAGAGCAUCCGGCUGAUCAGAAAGCGGCGCCGCCGGCGGGGAAUUUCCAUCGAGGUUGCGCCAGAUUUGGCACCCGGUGGACAGAUUCAGCCGCCUCAGGGACCACAACUACAGCCACAAUUGCAGGAGGACAGCACUGAGGAACCCACCGUGGAGCAGCACUUAUCCUCCAUAAUAGCCGACCAUCGUGACGAAGACGAUGACGACGAGGACGAGGACGAAAACACCAGCGGAAUCGACAACGAUUCCGACGACUGGGAGACCAUCACCGAGCGGCGGGACGACAUCAUCAUCCAGAAGGGUGACGAUUCGAACGAGUACCCGCACUUUCACGUGACUUACUGGAUGUUUUAUCCGUACAGUCAGGGUAAGGUUAUCUGCACGGUCAAUCUGGGGCCGCUCGGACCGUGGCCGAUUCCGCUCAUCUUCGGGAUGUGCCUCGGGACCAAGAAGGAGUUUGGCAGCCACAUUGGCGACUGGGAGCACAUGAGUUUGUUCUUCCGCGGACGGAAGGAACCGGACGAAAUGUACGUGUCCGCGCACGACGCCGGCGCCUUCUACUCGUACGAACGUCUCACGGGAACUUUUGAGUACCGGAGUCAGGAAACGCGCAAAGGAAUCCUGCAGCGACCGACGUUUCCCAAAACGGUCAUCACCUCCGGCAACCAUCCGGUGCUGUUCGCGGCCGAGGGUUCACACGGCCUGUGGACCGCUCCGGGCAAACACAAGUAUGUCCGCGUGCCAAGGCUGUACGACGUCAACGGGUUCGGAACGCCGUGGACCACGUGGCGAAGCGUCGAGGUCAUCCACGAGGGUGACUCCAGGGGACGAACCUCCCUCAACCCCAAGUGGCUCAAGUUCAACGGUCGCUGGGGCAACCCCAAGAAUCGGUGCCAUCCGCUGAAGCGAUUCGGUCUGCACAUCUGCGAAAUGACGGAUGGCCCAACGGGAAUCCCGCGAAAGAAGCCCCACUUCAAGUGCAAAAAGCGAUAAAACCGCCCGCCACAAAUCCUACAAAUCGCACACUCUCCACCCACAAAACACUUUCUAGAAUGCUAGGGCAAAUCUAUUUAUUUGUUAUUUUUAAUAAUUUAUUUAAAACUCUCUUUUCCCCCUCCCUCACCCUCUUCCCCUAUACUUCAAAUCGCCAUCAGCUCGCAUGUGGUGCUCCACGUGAGCAUGCUAUCGAUAUGCAUCAGUUAUUUAUUUAUUUUUUAAAAGCUCAUCACACACACAAACUCUUUUGUAAACACCGCGCACGUGUGACGACUCUCAGAAGCGUGAUCGUGACGCUUCAAAACCAUCCAUCACACGUGCUGAAAAUUUAAUAAAAAAAAGUUGUUGAACUAUCUCACAACUAAACAAAAAAAAACGCUAAACUUUAAAAUGUGAUUCGAGAUUGAUAAGCGAAGAAGAAAAGUAUGUUCCCGUUAAGUAUUCAAAUGUAAUGGUUGUAAAUACACAGCGAAAAGUGAAACGGAUUGUUAUUUUUAUUGUUAUUGAAAAGCGAGGAAUAAAUAGUUGGAAAAUUAAA